AUGAGCAAAAUGGGCAAUCACAUCAUGGAUUUUAUAAGCACAGUAUUGUGUGUAUAUUCAGGAAUACUCAGCAUACGCCACAGAAAGGCACCAGAAAGGUUCAUUGCGCGUAUUCAGAUAAUCGACGACACUUUGGAGAAAUUUGGAGUUGCUAAAAAUUAUCACGCUCUCUAUAUCAGCCAUCUCUAUAGAAUACUUCAAAUGUUCAUUGUCGUCGAGAGUGUCAAUGCUAUCAAUAUUAUAGCGCUUCUCAAGAACGAUACUUCUUCACAGAUAUUCACACUAGCUUUAAUAAUACAUCAUCUGACUUUGAUGAUUUAUAUUUCCGACAUGGUUACCAACACGACGAUCAAAUACAUCGGUAAGAAGUUCCAGCAACUUAACGAUAUCCUAGAAGGUUAUGCAAACAAGGAAUUGUGCGUAACGGAAGCUGAGCGUGGACAGGCAAGAAGGACCGACGACGUCAUUUACAGACUGGGCGAUACAUCGCGUGACCAUAUGAUCCGGAAAGAGGUAAAAGAUUUUUUCCUUCAAAUUACUCAACAUCCUGUCGUCUUUUCGGCAUAUGGAUCCUUCGACUUGGAUUACACGUUGAUACGAAAGAUGAUUGGUACAGUCACGACGUAUCUUGUAAUUUUUAUACAAGUCGAUGACAUCAGGCCUACUGACAGCGCGAUAUCGGUGAAAUCAUUGAAUACAUCAUUAUAA